AUGGCGAUCCAGUUUCAGUCUUCCACAGGUGGAUGUGGUCUGACUGGUGGCUUGGGUAACUUGAAGCUGAUACUGGAUAACAUGAAGAUGAAUGAAGAAGAUGCUAUAGAAUUAGGUCAGAUUUUUGUUUUCUAUCAUGUUUUUAUUAAUUUGACGCAUUAGUCAGAUAUUGGAGAGGGAAUGCAUUACACAGUAAAUCUGUCAGGCGAACCCUGUGACCUCCAAGAAAUACAGUCUCCUGCUGCCUGUAGCUCAGAAUCUUCACAAUUUGGUCAAACUGAGGAUUCUUUUUUGAGCAUUCUUGAUUUAUCAGAAAAUUACUUUGAAAAGGAUGGAAAUGAUGCUCUGUAUGAACUAAUUGGCAGGCUCAGCAUCCUGGAACAGCUCACUGCUGGUGCUACCCUGGUACCGCAGUGUGUGCUUCAGCCUGACCAGCCUGUUGGUGCAACUGAAGGGGUCCCACAGCUCGUCCAGCUUGGCUUGAGAAACUGGAGACUCACAGAGGCAGAGAUUAGAAUUUUAGGUGCAUUUUUUGAAAAGAAUCCUCUGAAAAACUUCCAGCAGUUGGAUUUGGCGGGAGGCCGUGUGAGAGGUGAUGGAUGGCUUGCCUUAAUGGGUGCAUGUGAGAAUCUUAAGCAAUUAGUUUUUGACUUCAGUACUGAAGCAACUUUAUCAGACGCGGCCUUAGUCAGAAAACUUGGCCAUGUGUUAUCCAAGUUAACUGUUUUGCAAGAAGCGAGGCUUACUGGAUGGCAAUUUGAUGACAAUGGUAUGAGUAUCAUUAAAGGUGCUUUUAAACUUGUAGCUGCUUCAAGAAAAGCCACCCUAAGCCAAUGA